AUGGCUCAGGGUGAGAACUGCGAUGAAGCCAUUGGAGAAGGUACUGAUCGCGACCGGCCAAAUGAGCCUGAGGAGUUCCCUGCGUGCCAGUCGUGUCGAAAACGCAAGCUGAAAUGCUCACGCGAAGCUCCAGCCUGUUCGCAGUGCUCUCGACUUUCUAUUCUAGAAGGACUUCUUCUAAAUGGUGAACGUACACUAAAUGGUGUGCCGAAUAAUGCAACUCCUGAUAUGGCAGGAUGCGUGUAUCACGCAGCCUUACUUGUAGCUAACUCCGCCAAAGCUGGAGUAGAAAACACUCAAUUACAAGCAACAUCUCUGGACUGUAAAAAGAGACACCUAUCCGUGCAAUGUACGGAAACUGCCUGCGCGACUUCUACAUGCCAUGCGACCAAGAAGCGGAGAAAAGAGGACUCAACCCGUACUGCAGCUGUUGAACGAGAAGUUCCUCUACCCGGACAAGAUACAUUGCGCAAGAUAGUCAAGACAUACUUUUCCAUAAUUCAUCCGUGGUUACCAUGCGUGCAUCAGCCAACUUUCGAGAGACGAUUAGAGAAUCUUACGCCGGACGACAAGUUGCUUGUGCUUGUGCAUGGUAUGAUUUGUGUAACUCUUAGACAUAUGAAUAUACAAGAAAUCGGGAUGGAUGAGGCGGAAAGAGACAUGCACAUUCGUGUUUCACGAGAUACAAUGAUUAAGAUGGCAAUAUUCGAUAUGUCUAUCGAGAGCCUGCAGGCUCUGAUCAUUCUUGCGUCAGAUCGCAUGGGCUACGGAGAUCUGGCUGGCGCAUCGCCAAUUAUUGGAUCACUCACACGCACCGUAGAAUAUCUACAAUUAUCAAUCGAGGUGGACGAGAAAUCUAAGCCACUUUUCCUUCGGCCCAUUGUCUUGCUAGAAGAUGCGCAAACCUGGACUGAAUCUGAGGAGCGGCGACGCAUUUUUUGGAAUGUCUUCAUUCUAGACCGGUUAUGUUCGGCAAUAGCAGGGUGGAGCACGAGUCUUACUUCGUCUGACGUCCGCCGGCGUCUCCCCUGCGAUGGCAAAAUGUGGGCUCGAGGUGAAAGUGCACUAACACCAUAUUUUGGAAUCUGGGACAAGUCAGCCGCCAAAAUUGGAAAUCCGAUUUCCUCAUAUAACAUGUCCGCAGCACGAUCACCUUCGUCCUCGGAGUCGUCUCGGAGCCAUACAUCCCCAGCAUCAGAAUCUGUGCAAGUCGGAGCAUUUGCGUAUCGCAUUGAGGCGACUGAGUCGUUGUGUCAAGUUACUACCUUCUUUUUACAACAGCCGGUUGAUUUCUCUAAUCGACAGGAGGUGAGCGGUUGGUUGAUGAGGUUUAAGGAGCUAGACUUGAGACUGGUUCACUGGAAAUAUCUCCUUCCCAGUAAAUGGAAUGACUCCAACAUCUCCCGCGACGAGACAAUUGUUAAGAUGGAUCCAAAUUUGACACUGGCACAUGUCACACACAAUACGUCCAUGAUAUUGUUACAUCAGCAUAUCGCUUAUCCGCCCGAUCAGCUGCGUAAUAUUGUCCGAUUGCCGAGUUCAUGCAGUGCUGAGACAUGCCAGCUCGCGGCGAUUGAGACCUCCUCCAUAGCACAAAAGUUCCUCACCCACAGCGCAUCGGAUAUUGUCGUUGCGCAGUUUCCAUUUUGUGUGUUCAUUGCAGCCAGAGUUUUAUUAGUACAUUGGAAGUUCCACGCUACGCCCCUGGUAAAUGAAUACUUCGAUCUUCUGAAGAGUCUAAAAUACAUGUCGCGUCGUUGGCAGGGGUAUCUGCAAUCCCCAAAACAAAGAUCCACAGUAGUCACAACUAACGAGACGCAUCAAGACUUUGAUAUCGCGGGUCGAUAUGCUGCUUUAUUAGAAGCAUUGCAUUCAAAGUGUAUCAAUGAACCGGAGUUAGAGGCAAACAAUCUGUUUCACGAUGAUAUUAUAACUGGUUUGGAUAUAUCUCGGAAGCGCACACAUGCAUUUUCCGAACUAGUGACUGGCACUCAAGAUGCCGCUGUGUCUCGAGGACAAGCAGCGAACGUGGACGAAUCUGUGGCACUAGAGCACAGUUUGAGAUCUUGGAAGUCUCCAGCAAAGGACAGAGGGUCUGUUCCCGAGAAUGAAUCUGGUUUCGUUUUAGGUGAAAGUCCAUCCUUCAAUAGGGUCCCUACAGGUAAUAUUCACGGCAAUGGGUAUUCCGACUCGGUCAAUUCGUACCGUGUCGCACGUCCGAGUACAGCUGCACAGAACCCUAUAGCGCUAGGCUUGAACGGAAACGCAAACGAUGACGAGCUAACCAUGAUGUCGAAUAUGUUGCUUGAUAAUCAGUUUUCGCAGAUGGAUAGAGUAAUCACGCUGAGUGAGACGGACUUUGCGUGGGAUUGGACGUAUGCUGUUGCGCAGAAUAUAUGA